AUGCCUGUGAUGAAGGGCCUCCUAGCGCCACAAAACACCUUCCUGGAUACCAUUGCAAACCACUUUGAUGGCACUCACAGUAACUUCCUGCUGGGAAAUGCACUGGGUCGCUAUGGCUACCCCAUCGUGUACUGCUCUGACGGGUUUUGCGAGCUUACCGGUUUUGUUCGGACUGAAGUGAUGCAGAAAACUUGUACCUGCAGCUUUCUCCACGGGGCCGAGACCCAUGACAGUGUGACCCAACAGGUUGACAAAGCUCUGGAGGGACAGCAGGAGUACCAGGGAGAAGUCUGCUUCUAUAGGAAAAAUGGAAAUGCAUUUUGGUGCCUCCUGGAUAUCGUGCCAAUAAAAAACGAGAAAGGUGAGGUGGUGAUGUUCCUGUUAUCCUUUAAAGAUAUCAGUGAAUCUUAUGGGAAGAGCCACCACUACGCCCAAGGAGAUGAGGCUGCUCAUCAGAGCAGGAAAAGCAACCGAUCGCACUUUUCCCAAGCUCGACAGAGGGGGAGGACUAUUCUGCACCACCUGACCAACCUGUUCACCAAGAGGGGCAAGAAGAAGCUGACCAAUAGUGUGUUCCAGAAACCGUCUCUACCUGAGUACAAGGUUGCAGCUGUGAAGAAGUCACGAUUCAUCCUGCUGCACUACAGCAUCUCCAAGGCCUUGUGGGACUGGCUAAUCCUACUGGCAACCUUCUACGUUGCUGUCACGGUGCCUUAUGAUGUCUGCUUUGUCAGUCAUGAUGAGGGCAGUGACCAUCACUCGCUUUUCAGUCGCAGCACCAUAGGCAGUGACAUAGCAGUGGAGAUGCUCUUCAUACUUGAUAUUAUCCUGAAUUUCCGUACCACUUAUGUGAGUCAGUCAGGUCAGGUAGUGUAUGACGCCCGAUCCAUCUACCUCCAUUACUGCACCACCUGGUUCUUUGUGGAUCUGAUCGCAGCUUUGCCCUUCGACCUUCUCUACGCUUUCAACAUCACAGUCACCUCGCUGGUGCACUUGUUGAAGACAGUUCGUCUUCUGCGUCUGCUGCGCCUGUUACAGAAACUGGAUCGCUACUCCCAGUACAGCGCUGUGGUCCUGACCCUGCUCAUGUCUGUGUUCGCCCUGCUGGCUCACUGGAUGGCUUGUGUCUGGUACGUCAUCGGACGCAAGGAGAUAGAAAGCAGUGACCCCGUUACCUGGGACAUAGGGUGGCUUCAGGAGUUGGGAAAGCGUCUGGAGACGCCAUACAUCAACAGCACCAUGGGUGGUCCAUCCAUGCCUAGCGCCUACAUCGCCUCUCUCUACUUCACCCUCAGCAGCCUCACCAGUGUUGGUUUUGGCAAUGUGUGUGCCAACACAGAUGCCGAGAAAAUCUUCUCCAUCUGCAUUAUGCUCAUGGGCGCCCUGAUGCAUGCUGUGGUCUUUGGCAACGUGACGGCCAUCAUCCAGCGCAUGUACUCACGGCGCUCACUGUAUCACACCCGAAUGAAGGAUCUUAAGGACUUCAUCCGUGUGCAUCGGCUACCUCAACAGCUGAAGCAGAGGAUGCUGGAGUACUUUCAGGCCACCUGGUCAGUCAACAAUGGUAUCAAUGCCAAUGAGUUGCUGCAUGACUUCCCAGAUGAACUGCGAGCUGACAUUGCCAUGCAUCUGAACAAAGACAUCCUGCAGCUGCCUGUAUUUGAGCGAGCCAGCAGAGGGUGUCUGCGCUCCCUCUCCCUGCACAUCAAGACCUCCUUCUGUGCACCAGGAGAAUACCUUAUCCGCCACGGAGAUGCCCUACAAGCCAACUAUUUCGUCUGUUCCGGUUCCCUGGAGGUUCUGAAAGAUGGCAUGGUCCUAGCCAUCCUGGGCAAAGGUGACCUUAUUGGAGCCGAUCUCCCAGAACAUGACCAGGUGAUCAAGACCAAUGCAGAUGUGAAGGCACUUACCUACUGUGACUUGCAGUACAUCAGCGUGAGGGCUUUGAGGGAGGUCCUCGGGUUGUACCCAGAGUACGGCAGUCGGUUUAGCUCUGACAUCCACCACAACCUCACCUACAACUUGAGAGAGGGCAAAAACACACUGACUUCCCAACCAUCUUCUCCUCAGGGUCAUGUUUCUAUGGACCAUAAACUCCCCUUCAUCAUUGAGGCAGAUGAUGCAGAACAUGGAGAAGACAUGAAACACUCUCAGCAGAGGAGAGUGCCUCUGCUACAGAGAAUGGGCAGCCCUGUUCAUCAGCCCUGCCUCAGCACCCUGUUAGGGGAGGAGCUCCGCCACAUCAACGCACUCCGCCUCUGUCGGUCACCUGUUCAAGGUAAUAGAGGCCACAGCCCCUCUCCUCAGGUAUUCACCGGGGAGGAGCUCUCUUUGUCUCCUUUGCCCUGUCUCACCAGUGACCCGGACUUGAACCAUCGGCCUGCCAAGCUACUCAUGCCGUCUCUGCCUUGUGUUAGUCCACUGAACCUUAGCCCCAGGGUUGUAGAUGGAAUUGAGGACAAUGGUCACACAUUUCAAUUCAAUGUAGAGCAGAGCGAAGCAGAGACUAACGUCACAGAGCAGUUACAAGUGAGCGCUAAUCUGCUUUUGGAAACGGAGGAAGUGAGACAAAACAUAAGCAAACUGAACAAAGAGGUGAACAACUUGAACCAAGAUGUAUCCAACCUUGCCAAGGAGCUCCAUGACAUAAUGCAUUACCUGCAGUCUCAUAUGGCCAUGCUCCAUUAUAACUCUCCUGUUUCCUCGUAUUCCUAUGGCAUACAGAUGGUCCCCAGUCCUAAUAGAAGGGCCCACAGCUCACAGGCUACAGAGCCAGUGUGGCCCCUUCCAAACUACCAGAACAACUCCAAACUCUUCUUACAUGACCCACUCUCAUGGAGGUCCAUCUCUCUUGGGCCUCAGUCCUGCCUUCAGUAG